CGCUUGAUGACGAUGGUGCUGGGCGCUUUCAACAACAAAAAAAAUACUGGAAGCUAGUUAAUUUCUUUGGAAAUGGCAGCACAUCUCAAAAAGCGAGUUUACGAGGAAUUCUCCAAAGUUGUUCAGCUUCCCCAAGAGGAGGCUCCAGCCAAGAAGCUCCGUCUGACCAAGCCAAGUAAGUCUGCAGCGCUGCAUAUUGACCUGUGUAAGGCCUCCAACCCCACUGAUGCCUUGCAGUACCUGCUGCACUUCGCCCGCAGCUCCGUGGAGGCAGAGAGUGUGGAAGGGGUUGUGCGCAUACUGCUGGAACACUACUACAAGGAGCAGGAUAACUCUGUGCGGCUGAAGAUUGCCUCUCUGAUCGGCCUGCUUAGUAAGACCCAGAACUUCAACCCUGAGAGUAUCCUAGAUGACACCCUCAACACAUUCAACACAGAGAAGUCCCAUCAGGUUCUGGCUCAGCUGCUGGACACUCUGCUGGUCAUCGGCACCCAUCUCCCAGAAAGCCUUAUUGUUAGACACAGACUCAUAGAGGUGGCCUACAAGCACCUGUCAGACACAUAUUUCGGUGUGAGGAAUAAAUGCCUACAACUCCUGGGUUGCCUGGGAAAUGUGGACACGCCACUAAAUAAAGAUGGACAGGGAUUGGUUCCAGCUGUUAUUGGGGGCAGUGCUCCAGGGGUGUCUGGUGGAGUGUGUGUGAGAGACGCGCAGAGCCUCAUCAGUGACUACUUUGCAGACCAGGACCCAAGGGUGCGCACGGCGGCCAUCAAAGCCAUGCUGCAACUGCAUGAAAGGGGACUGAAGAUUCAACAGACCAUUUAUGAUCAGGCCUGUCAGCUGCUGUGUGAUGACUAUGAGCAGGUUCGUUCGGCUGCCGUUCAGAUGGUGUGGGUCCUGAGUCAGCUCUAUCCAGAGAGCAUUGUGCCGAUUCCGUCGUCCAAUGAGCAAGUCCGUCUGGUCGACGACUCGUUUGGGAAGAUUAGUCACAUGGUCUCUGAUGGAUCCUGGGUGGUCAGGGUGCAGGCCGCCAAAACACUGGGUAACAUGUUGCAGGUCAGUCCUCACUUCCUAGAGCAGACUCUGGACAAGAAGCUGAUGUCAGACCUCAGGAGGAAACGUACUGCUCAUGAGCGGGCCAAGGAGCUCUAUACGUCAGGUGAGUUCUCCUCUGGGAGGAAAUGGGCUGAUGAUGCUCCCAAGGAGAAGGUGGACACCUCAGCUGUCAACCUGAUUGCCUCAGGGGCAUGUGGAGCCUUCGUACACGGACUGGAGGACGAGAUGUACGAGGUGCGUAUUGCUGCUGUGGAUGCACUCUCUGCUCUUGCCCAAUCAUCUGCCAGCUUUGCCGAGAAGUGCCUGGACUUCCUGGUUGACAUGUUUAAUGAUGAGAUUGAGGAAGUCAGGCUGCAGUCCAUCCACGUCCUGAGACAGAUCUCUACUAACAUCACCCUGAGAGAAGACCAGCUGGAUACUGUACUGGCUGUACUAGAGGACUCGUCUCGUGACAUCAGAGAGGCGCUACAUGAGUUGCUGUGUUUCACCAAUGUGUCGACUAAAGAGUGUAUCCAACUGGCCCUGCUGGAGCUGCUGAAAAACCUCACCAAGUACCCCACCGACCGCAACUCUGUCUGGAAGUGUCUAAAGUUUCUAGGUUGUCGUCAUCCUACGCUGGUGUUACCGCUGGUUCCAGAGCUGCUCAGUACUCACCCCUACUUCCACACCCCUGAACCAGACAUGGAUGACCCUGCCUAUAUUGCAGUGUUGGUGCUGGUGUUCAACGCAGCUCAGUCUUGUCCCACCAUGACAGCUCUGUUCUCAGACCACACCUUUAGACACUACACCUACCUACGGGACAGCCUCUCUCACCUAGUACCUCCUCUCAGGUUACCAGGGAGGACGCAGCCCCAGUACUGUGUGAGUGGUAUAGAAGGUUCCGGCAGUGUGGAGUCUGCUCAACUGUUCCUCCAACAGAGUCUGAGCAGAAUUAGCACUAUACACAACCUACAGGACCCCGGGGCUCAGGACCUGCUCAACUUUACUAUCAGAGACCUACAGAGACUGGGGGAGCUACAGACAGAGCUGGCAGGAGCUGCUGACUUCUCUGCCACCUACCUCCGCUGCCAACUACUGCUCACCAAGGCCUUGCAGGAGAAGUUGUGGACUAUGGCCGUCCCCCUCUGCCUUAAACACAACGCCAUGGCAACUGCUGCUGCCAAACAGAUGUUGGAGGAGACGUAUAAACUGGAGUUCCUAUAUAGUGGUCUGGAGAACAGACAGGUGGCCACCAUACACCACGUCAGACUACAGGCUAAGGCCUUACAGCUAGUCCUGACUGCCCGUACCAGACGAGGAGUUGAACCUCUCAUCAGUGUCUGUGAGAAGUUCCUUCAGGAGGUGGAAUCCUUUCAGAGGCUGUUUGUGGUGGAGCUGCCCCACCUCCAGGAAAGUUUUGUGGGGAAGCUGUUGGACUUGAGUCCCAAGCUGUCGGUUUGCAAGCCUGGAGAACUAGUCAAGAUCCUUCAGACCACAUUGAGACAGAGUGGCUUCUUAAACCUUCAAUUACCUAAACAGGUCCAGCGUGCGUCAGCGACCAUCAUCGAGCCGACAGGAGAGUCUGACAACCCGCUGCAUUUCACCUCUGGCCUGGUGGUGGCGCUAGACAUUGACGCUACGCUGGAGCACGUACAAGACCCCCACAACACUGUCAAAGUACAGGUGCUGUAUCCAGACGGCCAGUCUCAUGUGAUUCAGCCUAAACCUGGAGACUUCAGGAGUCCUGGACCACACCGCCACCGCCUCAUCACACAGGUCUACUUGUCUCACUCCGCAUGGACUGAGGCGUGUCAGAUCGAGGUGAGGCUGCUGCUGGCCUACAGCUCAUCUCGUCUCUGUAAGGCGGUGUGGAGUGACAGCAGCACUGAAGGCCUCCAGCCAGCAGAGGGUGCCACUGAGGGAACCAUUUCUUUCGGCAAACCUGUCAAGGUCUUCAUCAUGCCUAAACCUGCCCGCCGCUGACACCAAACACCUCUAAGCAUCCAUCUCGCUUUCUCCCACCCCUAACCCUCUAGUCCUCAGCCAUUGGAGCAGACCUCAAAGCUGGCCGUUCCUUACUGCGUAUAUGUUUAUAUUGUUAGUGUGUGACUGUGUGCCACUCCUGGCUGACUGCUCAACUAGAAUGAGGUUGUGUCCCAAAUAGCACCCUAUUCCCUAUAUAGUGCACUACUUUUGACCACUAAAGGAAAAGGGGUGCCAUUUGGGAUUCAUCCUGAGACUCAGCCAGAGUAUCACUGAGGUCACCUGUCUGAUCUGUGUGUUGCUAUUCCUAGUUGCUAUAGUUAAGGACCAUUUUUUUUUUCUUUGAAUGACAAUAAAUGAAACCAGAUGACAAAAACAA